AUGCAGAAGAAGGAUGCUGAUAUGGAAGCUGAGGCAAAAGGGGAACAGCCUCCUUUAAUGGCUUUAAACCAUGUGUCAAGGUUGUGCAGAAAUGUGGAGGAGUCCAUAGAUUUCUACACCAAGGUUCUGGGGUUUGCUCAGAUUGAGAGGCCACCAGCUUUUGAUUUUGAUGGAGCUGGGUUGCUUAACUGUGGAGUUAGGGUUCACUUGGUCCAGUCCAAGGACCUGGAAAAGUUGCCUGAGGCUCAUAAGUUGGACCCCAUGGACAAUCACAUUUCAUUUCAUAGAGACAAGAAGAAUGGAACUGUUAUAGACCAACUCUUCUUUGAUGACUCAGAUGGAUUCAUGAUUGAGAAUCUCAAGCUUGUUCCAGCUGGAUCUCUUGGAAAGAUAAAGCUUCCAUUUGAUCACCAUAAUCCACCUGUUGAAGUUGAACCCAACGACCAGGGCAAUAAUGAUCACAAAUAG